AUGGCGGCGGGCGGCGUGGAGGAGCCGCGGCGGCGGCUGGGGCGGCUCUCGGCCCUCUCGGUGUACCGCCGGGCGGCGGGGGCCGGGCGGCUGGAGCGGCGGGGAAGCUGCUGCCGCAGACGCCGCCGACGCCGCUGCGGGACGCCGCUGCCCGCGGGCGGCAAGUGGGCCGAGGCGCGGCCCCGGGGCGGCCCGCAACCGGAGGCCCCGCCGCCGGGCGCCGCCGCCGGGACCCCCCGCCACAGCGCGGAGCGGGCCGAGGCGCGGCCCCGGGGCGGCCCGCGACCGGAGGCCCCGCCGCCGGGCGCCGCCGCCGGGUCGUCCCCCGACAGCGCGGAGCGGGCCGAGGCGCGGCCCCGGGGCGGCCCGCAACCGGAGGCCCCGCCGCCGGGCGCCGCCGCCGGGUCGUCCCCCGACAGCGCGGAGCGGGCCGAGACGCCGGGCGGCAGCCCCGAGGCGGGAGAGGGAGGCGGCGGCGUGGCGGGGCUGCUGCGGCGGCUGGGACGGCUGGAGGACAGCCGGCAGCGGGCGGCCGAGCUGUUCCGGUGGCUGGUGGCCCCGGUGGCACCGGGCUUGUUCCUGGGGCGGCACUGGGAGCGGGCACCGCUGCUGGUGCGGCGGGGCGACCCCGGGUACUACGCGGGGCUCUUCUCCACGGCUGACUUCGAGGCCGCCCUGCGAGGCGGCGAGGUGUGCUUUGGGACCCACCUGGACGUGACCAGCUACGCCGAGGGGGUGCGGGAGACACACAACCCCUCCGGCCGGGCCCUGCCUGCCGUCGUCUGGGACUUCUACCAGAACGGCUGCUCCCUGCGGCUACUCAACCCCCAGGCCUUCUCGCCCACCGUCUGGCACUUCCUCUCCAUCCUGCAGGAGCAUUUCGGCAGCAUGGCGGGGGCCAACACGUACCUCACGCCUCCGGGGACACAGGGCUUUGCCCCCCACUACGAUGACAUCGAGGCCUUUGUGCUGCAGCUGGAGGGGAAGAAGCACUGGCGUGUCUACAGCCCCCGGACAGACGCCGAGGUGCUGCCCCAGUUCUCCAGCGUAAACCUGACGCAGGCUGAGCUCGGCGAGCCCAUGCUGGAGACGGUGCUGGAGGCCGGGGACAUGCUGUACUUCCCCCGCGGCUUUAUCCACCAAGGCAACUGUCUCCCUGACGCGCACUCACUCCACAUCACCGUGUCUUCCUACCAGAGGAACUCCUGGGGGGAUCUCCUGGAGAAGCUCCUCCCUGCUGCCCUGCAGAUGGCCCUGGAGGAGGACGUGGAGUACCGGCAAGGGCUUCCCAUGGACUACCUGGGGUACAUGGGGGUCGCUAACUCGGACACGCUCGACGUUCGCCGGAUGGCCUUUGUGGAGAAGGUGCAGGGCCUGAUAAAGAAGCUCGUUGACUAUGCGCCCAUUGAUGCUGCUGUGGAUCAGAGAGCCAAGUCAUUUCUUCAUGACUGUCUCCCCCCAGUGCUUACGCAGAGUGAAAAGGCACAGAGUGUGUACGGCUUCCCAGCCCGGUGGCAGGAUGGGGGCCCCUGCGAUGUCGAUAUACAGAUAACAAAAGACACAGAAGUACGUCUCCUCCGCCAUGGCAUCGUUAGAUUGUGUAAUGAAGAAGCUGGUGUGAUGCUAUAUUACACAACAGAAAACUCGAGAGUGUAUCACAAGGAGGAACCCAAGUUCCUUGAGAUGGAUCCUGAGUAUACCGACAGUAUCGAAUUUCUCCUGUCUUCCUAUCCAAACCAUGUCAGUGUGGAUAACCUUCCGUGUGAAACCUUGGAGGACAAGAUUUCUCUAGCCACGCUCCUGUUUGAGAAGGGCAUUCUGACUACGAAGAAGCCUCUGGUGCCAGUGUAACUCUUUGUUUUUUAACAAAAUAAACACAUUUGUUUAGAAA